CUUAUACCAGAUACUACUUCGAACGUGAUCUUCCAAAUUCCGCUUGAUAUCACGAGAAGUACCGACAUAUCUUCCCCAUAAUGCCCAAACGCAAGCAGCAGGACGACGAUGAGGUCGAAGAGGAGCUCGAAGAGGAGCUCGAGGAAGAGCUCGAGGAAGACCAAGAGAUGCCCACAUCCAUCAACCCAUACCACGUUCUCGAUAUUCCUGUAGACGCAUCUCAAUCAGACAUCAAAUCCGCGUACCGCAAAGCCGCGCUCAAAUCUCAUCCGGACAAAGUUCCAGAAGAGCACAAGGAAUCCGCUCACAAAGAGUUCCAACAGGUCGCUUUCGCAUAUGCUAUUCUAUCGGAUGAACGGAGACGGAAACGAUACGACACUACAGGAUCCACCGAAGAGAGCUUGGACAUCGAAGAUGAUGAUUUCAAUUGGGCGGACUUCUUCAGAGCACAAUUCAAGGAUGUGGUGACCGACGAGAAGAUAGAGAGUUUUGCGAAUGAGUACAGAGGGAGUGAGGAGGAGAAAUUGGCUGUGCUGGAGGCCUACACGAAGUGCAAGGGAGCGAUGCGGAAGGUCUAUGAAUAUGUCAUGUUGAGCGAUAUGAGCGUGGACGAGGAGAGAUUUCGCGAGAUCAUAGAUGACGCUAUUGAGAGCGGAGAAGUUGAGGACUUUCCAAAGUACUCUGGAGAGAGUGAAAAGGCGAGGAAGGCGAGGAUUGCAAAGGCGAAGAGGGAGAAGGAGCAAGAAGCCGCGGAAGCGGUGGAGUUGCAAGAAGAGAUCGUGAAGAAGAAUAAGAAACCCAAGGACAGCAGUGGUGAUAUGCGAGGGCUAGGUGAUCUGGCCUCUCUAAUCAAGCAAAGGCAACAGGGACGGGCGGAGACUUUCUUCGAUAAGCUAGAAGCGAAGUAUACGGCUCAAGAAAAGGGCGGGAAGAAGGGGAAGGGGAAGGCAGCCUCUGCUGUUGCGCCGGACGAGCCGCCCGAAGAAGCGUUUGCUGCUAUGCGGAAGAGGGCUGAUGCAGUUGGGGGCGCUAGGAAGAAGAGUAAAACGCGAAAGUGAGCAGGCCUCGUCAGGCCGUGUGUUGAGUAUAGCAUGACAUUUUGAUACGAAAGCACGA